UGCAGAGCAGAGGAAAUCCAGUACUAUAAAAACGCGUCAUCGGGUUAACCCAAAAUUUUCAAAGCCCUAAAAAUCAGAGAUUCCAUUUUCUCUCUCUCUUUCUUUCCGAUUCUGAUUCUAUUUUCUUCACCAACCAACCACACAAAAAUUCUCCGUUUGAUAUCUUCUUCUUUCUUCCGUCCCUAUCCUAUCAAUCUCUCUUUCUCUCUGCCAUCAUGGGACACGAAACAAUGAUGCCGGCGAAAACAACAACAACGCUCGUGUUCACGUACGGAACUCUGAAACGAGGAUUCUCAAAUCAUGUCCUGAUGCAAGAUCUGAUCCGAUCCGGUGACGCUUCUUUCAAAGGAGUUUACCAAACUCUAGACAAAUAUCCUCUCGUCUGUGGACCUUAUCGAGUCCCUUUCCUCCUCAACAAACCUGGAUCAGGUCAUCACGUUACCGGCGAGCUUUACGCGGUUUCUCCUCGCGGUCUCUCUCGUCUCGACGAGCUCGAAGGGAUUAGUCGCGGUCAUUACGUCCGGCAACAGAUCCGUCUCGCAGCGGCGGAGGAUCUGGAAACGGAGACGUCUUCGUCGUCGUGCGUGGUGGAGGCAUAUUACGCGCAUAAGAGCUACGAGGAAGAGCUGUGGAAGAGGAAUAGAGGAAGAUCGUUUGGCGCGUAUACGGAAAACGAAGCGCGUGGGUAUGUGAAACGCAAUGAUAGGCCUCAGCAUCUUAGCUUCUUGGAUCAUAUCCGUAUUUUCGUAUCUUCUCCAUGUGACUGAUUUUUAUUUCUUCGUGGUCUCUUCUCUCUCUCGUCGCUUUUCUAUGUUUGUUUUUUCCUCGGGACAAAAGAAAAAAUAAAACACAAACAACAACUAGUUUUACAACUUGUAAGGGUCCCACCAGUCCGUCCGUCGUAUCCGUACAAUCGGUUUGUUGUUAUCGAUUUGAUUAGAGAGGUCCUGUGAUUGUUGGAUGUCAAAUUUAUGAUUGAUUCCCAUCUUAAAUAAGUUUUUAGGUGGUUAUUGAGUUUAUGGUUAAA